AUGAUGAAUAUAUCUAUUUUGUUGAGGCAUUCAGGAAUUUGGGCUAGCGAAGUUAAUUAUGAAGGAUACAAAAGUGAUGGAAUUGUUGUUGGACAAUCAAUUUCAUUUAUGAAUCUCAAGGCAGCCAUUAUAGCCGAGUUAGAGAUCAAUGAGGUAAGAAAAAAUAUUGAAAUUCGAUAUAUCGUAGAAGGUAAUUCAUGUCCGAUGAAAAUUAAGAACGACAUGGGUGUUAGACUAUAUUUAGAAGUGAAAAAAAGUGAGCCUGGUUUUGCAAUGUAUCCAUUAUGUAUUGAUACAACGGAUAAAAUUGGCGGUGAGAUACAUAGCUUUGAUGGAACAUGCGGAGAGAUUACAUGUAUCGAAGGUACAACAAGGGAUACAGAAGCUCUUGCAGUGGUUGAAUCAAGAAUUUGUGAUUCAUAUUAUAUUCCAGAAUUAGAAGUUACAAAUUACAUAAUUGAUUCAAACAGUAUAGAUGUGAAGACANNUUUUGAAUUAAUCUAUGUGUUGGUGUGCUUUUCGAUUGAAUGUGGUUGGACUAUGAAGGCUUCAUGCAGGAAAAAUUAUGAUGUUUUCAAAAUAAGAUACUUUAAUAGUGAACAUACAUGUCCAGUGCGGGAUAGGAUACUAACCAAAGUUCAAGCAACAGUUGGAUUUGUUAGUGGUGUGACUGUUCCUAAAUUGGUCAAUCAUAAAAGAAUUCAUACUCCAAAAGAUAUAAUUGAUGAUAUUAGAGAAUUCUAUGGGGUUCAAAUAUCUUACCAGCAAGCAUGGUGUGCUAAAGAACGUGCACUAGAAAUGCUAAGGGGUAAACCAUCAGAUGGAUAUAAGAAGUUGCCAAGAUACAUAUGCAUGUUAAAUAAUGUGUAUCCAAAUUCUUAUAUAAGGAUGCACAAGUCAGUGGAAGAUGAAUUCAUGUAUCUGUUCAUAGCCUUAAGACCAUUGAUGAAGGGGCUCGAUUACUGCAGACCGAUAGUUGUUGUCGAUGGUGCACAUCUUGGUGGAGCUUACAAAGGUACAUUUUUAUCAGCAAGCACACUUGAUGGGGAAGGUUGCAUAUUGCCAUUGGCAUAUGGGGUUGUAGAUACUGAAAAUGACUGUUCGUGGACAUGGUUCUUCGAACAAUUCAAAAAUGCAUUUGGCGAGCGUGAAAAAAUGUGUGUUGUUUCUGAUAGAAAUGAGAGUAUUAUGAAGAGUGUAAGAAUUGUGUUCCCAACUGUACCUCACUAUGCAUGCAUAUGGCAUCUUUGGAAGAAUGUCUGUGGAAACUUCAAAAGGGCUAAGGUGGAUAAAGUUGACCACAGGGUUAAGGAGUACCUUGAGGAUGCUGGGUAUGAGAAGUGGUCGAGAGUUCAUUCAACAGUAAAUAGAGGUAGAAUGAUGACUUCGAACAUAGCGGAAUGUAUCAAUGGUUGUCUUGUUGAGGCGCGUCAGUUGUCUAUAUUAGAAUUCUUAGAAGAGGUUAGAAUUCUAUUUGGUUCUUGGCAUUGCAAAAAUAGAGAAAUAGCCUCUUAUACAAAAGAUACAUUGGGGAGAAAAUUUGAGGAGAUAUUGAUUCUAAACGCAUCUAAAUGUUCGAAGAUGAAGGUUGUUCCAUCAUCUGAAUUUAUUUUCUCGGUUUAUGAAGCUGGAAGAAGAUACAUUGUUUGUCUUGAGAGGAAAGAAUGUACUUGUGGCAGAUUUCAACUAGAUGAGAUACCUUGCGCACAUGCAAUUGCUGUUUUAAAGGACAAGAAUGUCACAGAUAUGCAUCCUUAUUGCUCUGAUUACUACAAGCCUGAUACAUUAGCAAAAACAUAUGAGGUUCCAAUGGUUCCAAUGCCAGAUAAGGAAGAUUGGUCGGUUCCUAGCAAUGUUGUAGAUGAAACUGUGUGGCCACCUAGAUAUAAAAGAUUGGCUGGACGACCAAGGAAAAGAAGAAAAAAAAAUGCAGAUGAAAAGAUAAUAGUAAAAAUAAACUGUUGUGGACGCUGUGGUCAAGAAGGUCACAACAAAAGAACUUGUACUUUCUUCCCAAAAGAAAAGUGA